GGCGGCCGCUUGGAGUCAACUUCAUUGGAACGCGCGGGGGAAAAUGGCAGCCUCCUUAGAAGUGUGCCAUGUCGCUUGCUCCGCUAACCGCGCCGGCCCCGGAGUGAUCUCUUGGGGGAGAGGAACUCUAUUGGCGUUCGGGUCUUGUCGCUCCGUCAUUCUCUAUGACCCACAGAAAAGAAAAGUAGUUGGAACACUGAAUGGUCAUACUGGGAGAAUUAAUUGUGUUAAGUGGAUUCACAGAAAUGAUGGAUCUUAUGAAACUGAAUUAAUAUCUGGUGCUUCAGACAAAGUUCUUAUUAUUUGGGAAAUUCAAAAUGAGAAGCUUGUGAAGGAUGUGCACCUCGAAGGUCACACCGAAGCAAUCUGCGCAUUAGAUGCUGUUUACAUGAGAAAUGAAAACGCCGUAGCAUCAAGCCUACUAAUAGCAUCUGCAGCUUCAGAUUCAACCGUCAAAAUUUGGUCCAGACAAGGAACAGAAGUUAAAUGCCUUCAGACACUGAUGUUUGGAAAUGGAUUUGUUAUGGAUGUUUCGUUGUCCUUCUUGCCUGGCAAUGACAUACCUGUACUCGCUUGUGGUGGUGAUGACUGCAGAAUUCACUUGUAUGUGCAACAGGCUGGAGAGUUUCAGAAAUCUUUACUACUACAUGGACAUGAAGACUGGAUUAGAGGAGUUGAAUGGGCAUUUUGUGAUGGAGAUCUUUAUUUGGCAAGCUGUGCUCAGGAUUGUCUGAUAAGGAUCUGGAAGAUGCAUGCAACUUCAUUGUUUGGGGAAAUCCAAGAUGAGAACACUAUUACGUUGAAAGAGAAUGUUUUCACCAUAAAAAAUAGCAAUGGUGUAGAUAAAUCCUUUGCAGUUACCUUGGAUUCAGUGCUAGCUGGCCAUGAAAAUUGGGUCUAUGGAGUUCAUUGGCAGCCACCAUAUUUCAAAGAUGGCAGGAUGGAACAGCCAAUGAGGUUACUAUCUGCUUCAAUGGACAAAACAGUGAUCCUGUGGUCUCCAGAUGAUGAAUCUGGAAUGUGGUUGGAACAGGUCCGAAUAGGAGAAGUGGGAGGAAAUACGCUGGGAUUCUUUGACUGUCAGUUCAGCCCAGACGGAUCGAUGAUUCUUGCCCAUGCUUUCCACGGAGCCCUUCAUCUUUGGAAACAGACUUCUGCAAACAAGAGCGAAUGGACUCCAGAAGUGAUGAUUUCAGGACAUUUUAAUUGCGUCCAAGAUGUGACGUGGGAUCCAGAGGGAGACUUUAUAAUUUCUGUUGGUUCUGACCAAACCACAAGGAUAUUCGCUCCGUGGAAAAGAGAGAACAACCCAGAGGUGUCAUGGCAUGAAAUAGCGAGACCCCAAGUCCAUGGGUACGACAUGCAGUGUGUAGCAUUGACAGCACGAUUUCAGUUUAUAUCUGGAGCAGAUGAGAAAGUGCUUCGCGUGUUUACCGCACCUAGAAAUUUCAUUGAGAACUUCAGCAGUAUUUCUGGAACAUCUCUGGAGAAAUUAUAUUCCGGUCAAAUGGUGGAUCUUCCAGAAGGGGCUACUGUACCAGCCUUAGGGUUAUCCAAUAAGGCUGUCUUUGAAGCUGCAGAUACAACAGCUCAAACAAUUGAAGAAGGAAAUCUCAGCAAUGCUUCCAGACAGUACCGUGAAAAUUACUUUCAGCCGUGUAGUCUUUCAGAACCUCCCACGGAAGAUCACCUCUUGCAGAAUACACUGUGGCCCGAAACUCAAAAGUUAUAUGGACAUGGUUAUGAAAUAUUUUGUGUUGCCUGCAAUAAUGCAGGCACUGUGAUAGCCUCUGCGUGUAAGGCUUCUAAAAAAGAAUAUGCUGCCAUUAUUUUGUGGAGCACCACAACUUGGAAACAAUUCCAGAGCUUACCUUUCCACAAUCUGACCGUGACACAGAUGUCUUUUUCCCCAAAUGAUAAAUUCUUGCUAGCAGUGUCAAGAGACAGGAAUUGGUCACUUUGGAAAUCGAAUCGUAUCACUCCAACAGAAUCAGAACCAGCUUUCAGCCUCUUUGCAGCCACAGGAAAGAACAUUGCUGUGCAUAGUCGUAUCAUUUGGACCUGUGAUUGGACUCCAGAUAGCAAUUAUUUUAUUACUGGAAGCAGGGACAAAAAGGCCGUCAUCUGGGGUAAAUGUUCAGCAGAGGAGAAUAGAGAUCAGGAUUUGGCCCUGAUCCAGCCUUGUUCAACAGUUCUGGAUGUUGGUGAUUCGGUCACUGCAAUUGGUGCUAGUUACACACUAGCUUCUGAUGGGAGCUUCAUAAUUGCCAUCGGGACAGAAAGUGGGAAGAUUCAUUUGUACAAAUGGAAGCCAGGCAAUAAAAAGUUGCUACUUUCCGAUUGGUGCAAGUGUGUUGAGACGGAUUACAGCCAAAGCCAUACCCUUGCUGUCAAACGACUGCAGUGGAGAAAGCGUGUGGGCCGAGCGGGGCAGGACACAGCCGAGAGCAGCGAGUGGCUGCAGCUGGUGAGCUGCGGGGCGGAUCACUGUGUGAAGAUCUUCAAUAUCAACCGGCACAGCCUUUAAAGGAUGACUUUGAGCCAGACAUUCUCUACUUGCCUACCAGCCAUUUCCAGAACUGAUUUUCUUAAAAAGAAGCAAAAAUUGGACUUCCAGCUCUUUGGGCAAUGCAAUCUUGACACAAGUGUAACCUGAACUUACAUACUGAAGCAGUUUGAGAAGUGAUAUAUCAGCAUAUUGGUUCUGUACAAACAAGUUUUUAUUGCGUGCUUAGCAGUGGCUAUUUGUCGUAGAAGGUCCCUCUGUAAUCCAUAUACACCUAGAACGGAGGUCAAACUGGGAGAAAGAGAAUUAUGUCUCUGGCUUCCCUCUCGUUUGUAAAAACACAAUGUGCAUUUCUACUAAAAGAGCCGAGGUGGCACAGUGGUUAGGGUGCAGUACUGCAGGCCACUUCAGCUGACUGUUAUCUGCAGUU